AUGAAAGAGUUGCAAAAGCUUCAAGUUUUAGAUCUUGGAUUUAACAGGAUACAAGGCCCCAUUCCAAAUGAUCUUUGCCACGUACACAACUUGUUUUUAUUAGCUCUGAAUGAAAAUGAAUUUUUUGGUCCAAUUCUAACUUGUUUAGGGAAUAUUACAUCUCUAAGAAAACUCUUUCUGGAUUCCAACAAAUUAACCUCCACAGUGCCCAUAAAUUUGUUCAGGCUCAAAGAUAUUUUGUAUUUGGACUUGUCCUCAAAUUCUUUAAGUGGCUAUCUUCCCUCAGAGAUUGGAGCUCUAAAGGUUGCAAUAAAAAUAGAUCUAUCAGUAAAUAACUUUUCAGGUGAUAUCCCUAGCACAAUUGGAGGUGUGGAAAGCUUAAUCUAUUUUUCUUUGGCACACAAUAAACUACAAGGACCUAUUCCUCAGUCAUUUGGAGACUUGAUAAGCUUGCAAUACUUGAAUCUAUCUUACAACAAUCUCGUAGAAACAAUUCCAAAUUCAAUGGUGUCACUCUUGCAUCUUCAAUAUUUUAAUGUAUCUUUCAAUAGGCUAAGCGGAGAAAUCCCCACCGGAGGACCAUUUGCAAAUUUCACAAAUCAAUCAUUCAUGUCAAAUGAAGCACUAUGUGGUGCCCCGCAAUUUCAAGUCCCACCCUGUCGUUCAAUCUCUCUUCACAGUUCAAGGGAAAAAAGAGUGUUGCUAGUUGUUUACAUUUUGUUGCCAAUUGUUCUAAUUGCCUUGACCUUCGCAUUUGUAUCAAUAAGAUGCCAAAAGAGAAAAAGAAAGUCAAUUGAAACGGAGUUGUCACCCACUUUAGGACAUGGUAGAAUUUCAUACCGAGAACUUCUACGUGCUACUAAUGGUUUUAGUGACAGCAAUUUGUUUGGAACAGGAAGUUCUGGUUCUGUUUACAAAGGGAUAAUUACAGAUGGGACCAUUUUGGCAAUCAAGGUAUUCAAUUUGCAACUAGAAGCUACAUCCAAGAGUUUCGACACGGAAUAUGAAAUGUUGCGCAACAUUCGUCACAGAAAUCUCACCAAAGUUAUCAGCAGUUGCUCCAACCUACAUUUCAAAGCCUUGAGAUUAGAUAUAAUGAUAGAUGUGGCGUGUGCACUGGGUUAUCUCCACCAUGGUUAUUCAGUACCAUUGGUUCACUGUGAUUUGAAGCCUAGUAAUAUCCUACUAGAUGAAGAUAUGGUCACACAUGUCAGUGACUUCGGAAUUUCAAAGUUCUUGGAUGAGGGGGAAAGUAUUGCACACACCAAGACUCUCGCUACUUUGGGAUGUAUAGCACCAGACAUAGAGUAUGGAUUGGAAGGACUAGUAUCCACAAGGUCCGAUGUUUACAGUUACGGUAUUAUGUUAAUGGAGACGUUUACAAGGAUUAAGCCCACUGAUGAUAUGUUUGCUGGAGAUUUAAGCUUGAAGCUAUGGGUAAGCGAGUCACUACCUAAUGCGAUAAUUCAGGUUAUAGAUCCCAACUUGCUCAUGCCAGAAGAAGGACAAAUCAGUGCAAAGGUGUUGUGUGUAUCAUCCAUCAUGCAAUUGGCUCUGAAUUGCUGUGCAGAACAACCACGGGAGAGGAUCAAUAUGGAAGAAGCCCUGGUAACACUAAAGAGGAUCAAACAAAAGUUUCUUGCAGACGGGGAAAGGCGAGAAACAUGA